AUGGCGGCCCUCUUUUUCUCUACCCCCGUCGACAUUGACGUCGUGCUAGAAGAUCUGGAUGAGCGCCAGACGGUCGAUGUCAAGCUUGACAAGGGUCGCCGUGAGCGCGUCCCUCUGUACAUGGACGGCGAGUCGGUCAAGGGUGCUGUGACUAUUCGACCCAAAGAUGGGAAGAGAUUAGAGCAUACCGGCAUCAAGGUGCAAUUCAUCGGCUCAAUUGAGAUGUUCUAUGACCGAGGCAACCACUACGAAUUCCUAUCGCUGGUCCAGGAAUUGGCUGCUCCAGGCGAGCUGUUACAUCCGCAGACCUUCCCAUUCAACUUCAAAAAUGUCGAAAAACAAUACGAAUCAUACAACGGUAUCAAUGUGAAACUGCGCUACUUUGUGCGCGUCACGGUCUCCCGGCGCAUGGCCGACGUCAUCCGUGAGAAGGACUUGUGGGUAUACUCGUAUCGCAUGCCACCAGAGACCAACAGCCCAAUCAAGAUGGACGUCGGUAUUGAGGACUGUCUACACAUUGAAUUCGAGUAUUCCAAAUCCAAAUAUCACCUGAAGGAUGUGAUUGUCGGGCGAAUUUACUUCUUGCUCGUGCGCCUCAAGAUCAAGCACAUGGAACUAUCCAUCAUCCGCCGAGAAACAACCGGGUCGCCACCCAAUCAAUACAAUGAAAGUGAGACGCUUGUGCGCUUCGAGAUCAUGGACGGUUCUCCCUCGAGAGGUGAAACCAUCCCCAUCCGGCUCUUCUUGGGCGGAUUCGACCUCACGCCCACUUUCCGUGAUGUCAACAAGAAAUAUUCAACGCGGUACUACCUCAGCCUAGUACUGAUUGACGAAGAUGCUCGCCGUUACUUCAAGCAAUCUGAGAUUGCUCUUUUCCGCCAAGCGCCCGAGAUCGCCUCCACUCCGCAAAUCGCUCAGCAACAGCAGAUCCAACAGCAGGUUCUCCUGCAGCAACAGCAGGCAGUCUUACCUCCAGGCUCCGCCACUGCCGGACCGGGACGUGAAGUAACACCUGCCGCCAACAGGGGUAAUAACCCCGCGGCUGCGGUCUCGACACCGGCUGCGUGA